AUGUCCCUGAGUCCUCUGGAGGGUCUGAUGUCUGUGAGCCGGCAGCCCGUCUGCAGCCCGGAGGAUCCUGCAGACCCCCAUCUGGACCCCCACCCGGACCCCCACCCGGACCCCCACCCGGACCCCCGGCCUCCACGCAGCAGCAGGCAGCUGCAGUCCAGACAGCAGGUGCAGCUUGUGGACCAGAGCCGGACCCCCAGGACCCAGCACUCCCCGGAGAACGCCGCUCGAGAACGGAGUCGGGUCCGGAACCUGCGGCAGGCCUUCCGCAGCCUGCAGGCGGCGCUGCCUUCAGUCCCUCCAGACACCAAACUGUCCAAGCUGGACGUCCUGGUUCUGGCCACCAACUACAUCGCCUACCUGACGGAGACCCUGGACCAGGGCGGGGCCGAGCACGCCGUCCCGCCCAGACCGGGGGGGUACCUGCACCCGGUCAAGAAGUGGCCCAUGCGCUCCCUGCUCUACUGCGGCACCGUGGGAGACCUGCUGUCUGCUGGGCCGGCCAAUCAGACGCUUCCCCCUGGACAGGGCAGAGCGAGGCACUGA